AUGAGGAGAGCAAAUAUAGUCUCUUUAAAAAUACUGUGUGCUGGUUCACAUUUUGUAAAAAGAAAAAUUGAGGUUUUUGAUGCAGUGAUAAUUCUCCUGUCCUUUAUAGUAGAUUUAAUAUUUUUGAAAGGUUUAUCUAAUUUUGCCAUCAGUGACUCCAUCUUUAUUCUGGCUUUCUUGUUGCCAUGGAGAGUCAUACGGGUUGUAAAUAGUCUAGUCGUAGCUGUGAUAGAUCAUGAACAUGUUAAACUUCGCCUUCUGUACAGUCGCAAAAAAAAACUGGAUAAAACUGUCGAUAAUCUUCGAAACGAGGUGGACGAACUCAAGGGCUUGUUACAUGAAGUUCGGACAUUUUGUAUCAAAGAUGGAAUGGAAGAAUGGAAGAUUGAUAAUCUCCUAGGAAAGUUCGCCCCGCGUCGAAGAAAAGAUUCAAAAUUCUACACUUUAGUAAAAUUGGUGAUGAGUACAGCGUCUGUGGCUGAUGAUAAAGAUUCAGUGAGUUCAGGUUCAAUGGAUAAUGAAAUCAGUCAGUUUGCAAGACGGGAGAGUGUUUUAAAUGAAUAUGACGGCUGUAGUACAAGUAACGAAAAUACAGUUAAUAGUUAUAACUUUUUAUCAGUUCCCAACGCUUACGAUACAGGUUCCAUCACCUCCGACAACGACAUGUCCGUUAGUUCCCGACGUUCUUCGAUUGAUGAUACCAGUCGACGUAGUUCCAUCACAGAUUUGGUAUUUCCAGUUCCGCGAUUUAUCGUCACUAAUCCAGAGGUCAACAAGAUUCCAUCAGAUGUUGAAUCAAUUGGUUCAACUAAUCAGAUCAGUCCUAUUACAACUCGUAAAGGAGCGACCAAUCAGCUUUCUCCCUACAAUGCUCGUAAAUCCUCAUCCAAUAGAAGCCCUGCAAAUACUCGAAAACAAUCGCCCAAUCAUCUUAGUCCAUUAACAUGUAAAAAAUCAUCGUCAUCGAAAAAAGACAAAUCAAGUCGUAAAAAAUCCUCCAGCAAACAUGCGUCGAAACAGAGUAAAAAUAGUUCCUCCAAUCAGAACUCUCCUACUAUCAGUAGAAAUAAUUCAGCCAACCGGCAAUCUCCUACAUUGUAUAGAUCUAAUCAACAGUCGCCUACUUUAGUUAGAAACAGUUCAGCCAAUCAAAUUUCAUCUUGUUUAAGUAGAAAUUUUUCAACCAAUGAACUGUCAGGUGACAUGAACGAGAAUAUUUCAACCAAUGAGCUGCCAGCUGACUAUAAUGGAAAUACUUCAGCCAGUGAAACCUCCCCUUGCUUAAGUAGGAAAAAUUCGGCCAAUGAACUGACGCCUAUCUUAAGUAGGAAUAAUUCAGCCAAUCAGCUUGCCUCUUGCUUAAGCAGACAUAAUUCAGCCAAUCAGUUGACUCCAUGUUUAAGUCGUAACAGUUCGACCAAUGAUUUGAGUGAUAAUUGUAAAGACAAUCGGGCCAGAGUGAGGCGUUCACCACAGCGUGUCAACUUCGCGUUGUCAUAG